AUGACUCCUGUGGGAGAUGAUGUUAGCACCACUGAUGGUGCAGUUAGAGUGACCGAUAGCACUACUGAUGGUGCUGUGAUAGAUGAUGUGGGCACUAUUGAGGGUGACCCAAGUGUUGUUCUUCGGUACAUUCGCGCCACAGGACAUAUGAGUGCAAACGGGGAGAAUAGCUGCCAAGCGGGCCACUCAACGGGUGGUGUUUUUCAUCGAGACAACAUUGAUGAUGCUAAUAGUGUUUAUAACUCUUCCAACGUGGUCAAGAUGGGUGAAAUUUGCUUCCCACAAGUUGACGGAAAUGUAAUGUUCGAGGGUUCUUCUACCGGUUACUCAAGAUCGGGGGAGAAUCAAGGUUGGAACUCUAUAAGAUACGAGGUGGGUUUCCACUCACGCUAUCAACCGCGGGGUGCGAAUCAAGGUUGGAACUAUUAUAGUGGUGAAGAACAAAGGAGAUGUUGGCAAGAUGGGGCUGAGCAGGAUGAUCAGGAGGAGGACCAUACUCACUUGAGUAAAAGCCCGAAAUCUAAAAGGUGUGCAAGUAGUCCUCGGGUAAAUGAUUUGUUAUCGCGUAUACUUGAUAAAGUCGAGGGCUCUGAUGAUUUUCUUAAAGGGAUUAAAUAUGACUUUUCAUCAUUGAAUAGUAAAGUGAAUUCUCAUGUUGAUGCCAUCAAAAUACUGGAAGUACAAGCAUUGUUGGAAAUGCCGAGAUACAUCAAAUUCAUGAAAGAACUAGUUACAAAGAAAAUGAGCUUGGACUAUGAAACGAUUGAGGUGCCCCAUAGUUGCAGUGCAAUUAUGACAAAUGAUUCAAUCACUAAGAGAAAAGAUCCUGGGGAAUUCACAAUCCCGUGCACAUUUGGCAUGAUCCAAUUCGCUAGAGCCUUCUGCGAUUUAGGAGUAAGCAUCAACUUGAUGCCCUAUGAAAUAUACAAGAAACUUGGUUUGGGUGAACCAAAGGCAACCAAAUUGAUACUCCUUAUGGCUGAUCUAUCAAUCAAGCGCCCAGUGGGGAUACUCUAUGACAUAUUGGUAAAAGUGGAUCGGUUCAUCUUUUUGGCUGAUUUUGUGAUUCUAGAUUGUGAGAUCGAUGCUGAAAUCCCCAUUAUAAUGGGAAGGCCAUUCUUAGCUAUCGGGAGAGCAUUGGUGGAUGUUGAAAGCAGUAAAUUGAAUUUCCGUGUGAACGAUGAUGAGGUAACCUUCAAUAUCUAUAAAUAUAUGAAGCAACCAAGUAAUAUCCAUGUGGUAUCUACUAAGAAUGUGAUAGAUGAGGUAGUGGCAAAUGUGAGUCAUUUAAUGCGUAAGAAUGAACCCCUUGAAUCUGUACUUGCCAAUUAUGAUGAAUCCGCAGUUCAGGGUUACGAGGAAGUGGUAGCUGCUUUAUCAGGAUUAAGAGCAUACUCAAGAAAUCCAAUCAAGUUGGAUAUCGACCUGAAAAAUAGAGAAAGUCCUCCUGCAAAGCCAUCAACAGAAGAACCACCAAAUCUGGAGUUAAAAGCCCCACCCUCUCAUCUCAAAUAUGCUUUCUUAGUAGCAAAUAAUACUCUACCAGUGAUUAUCGUAGCAGAUUUGCUUGAAAGUCAGGUGCAAUUGCUCAUUGAAGUACUGCGGAAGCAUAUAAAAUCUAUUAGACGGACAAUCGCCGAUAUAGUAGGAAUUUCUUCGGGCAUCUGUAUUCACAAGAUUCGGCUCGACAAUGAAUGUAAACCUAGUGUGGAACAUCAACAGAGAUUGAACCCUCCAAUGCAAGAAGUAGUGAAAAAGGAGAUCAUUAAGUUGCUAGAUGCGGGAGUAAUCUACCCUAUUGCAGAUAGUAAGUGGGUAAGUCCGGUGCAAUGUGUACCGAAAAAGGGAGGUAUAACCGUAGUCCCAAAUACAAAAGGAGAACUUGUGCCUACAAGACAAGUGACUGGGUGGAGAGUAUGCAUGGACUAUCGAAAGCUCAACUCAUGGACUGAGAAAUACCAUUUUCUAAUGCCUUUUAUGGAUCAGAUGUUUGAUCGGAUGCCAUUCGGGCUAUGGAAUGCCCCAGCAAUAUUUCAGCGUUGCAUGUUGUCUAGUUUUGCAGAUAUGGUCAAAGACUCUAUGGAGGUAUUCAUGGACGACUUCUCAGUCAUAGGAGAUACACUUGAAGAAUGCUUGACACACUUAGGGAAAGUCCUCCAAAGAUGCGUGGAAACGAAUUUGGUUCUUAAUUGGGAGAAAUGCCACUUUAUGGUGAAGGAAGGUAUCAUUCUUGGGUACAAGGUGUCGCAAAAGGGGAUGGAAGUUGACAAGGAAAAAAUUGAGGUCAUUGAGAAAUCACCCCCGCCGAUUUCAGUGAAGGGUGUUCACAGCUUCUUGGGGGAAUGCAGGGUUUUACAGAAGGAUGGCAUUGGGGUUGUGUUGGGACAAAAGCGAAACAAACUAUUCCACCCAAUUAAUUACACAAGUAAGACUCUAAAUAGUGCCCAGCAAAAUUAUACGGUCACUGAACAAGAGUUGCUUGCAUUAGUCUAUGCAUUUGAAAAGUUCCAGGCAUACUUGCAAGGCACCAAAGUAAUUGUGUAUAUUGAUCAUGCUGCACUCCGUUACUUGAUUGGAAAGAAGAAUGUAAAAGAUCGAAAAGGAUGCGAAAAUCAAGUGGCUGAUCAUUCAUCAAGGUUGGAAGCAAGGGAAAAUGUUGAGCAUGAAGUCGACAUAGACGACUCCUUCCCAGAUGAACAGUUUUUUGCAAUAUCUCUCAAACAUACGUCGUGGUGUGUUCCGGAAGAAGAAGCAGUAGACAUUCUCCAUGCUUGUCAUACAUCUCAAGUGGGAGGUCACCAUGGUGGCAUUCACACCGCCGCUAAAGUUCUCCAAAGUGGAUACUACUGGCCGUCCCUGUACAAAGAUGCACAUGAAUUUGUGAAGAAAUGCUCUAAAUGUCAGCAGCAAGGCAGAGUAUCUAGAAGAUACGAAUUACCUCUCACGCUUAUCUUAGAAGUCGAGUUAUUCGAUGUAUGGGGUAUCGAUUUCAUGGGUCCUUUUGUGAGCUCAUUUGGAAAUAAAUACAUCUUGGUGGCUGCAUAUUAUGUUUCCAAAUGGGUGGAAGCCAUCGCACUUCCAAACAACAAAGGAAAAACGUUGUCCAAUUUCUGA